AUGAACCUCUCACUUAUUUGUCCUUCAUUUGCCCUCGGCUCCCAUAUCAUAGUAUACGAACAGACAAACGGAUCAUCCCCUUUAAUCGAGUCCAAGCCUGAAGGGAAAAAGGAAAAUAGCAGCCCGAGCCGAGACGACACGGCUUCACUAUCUACACUCUUGUGUACAAUACCAACACAACCUCUCCGACUUUACCGCCCGCUUGCACCAACAACGGCAGUGUGUGCUGCGUCAAGACGUCGUGACUUGGCUACACCCAACGGAAGCCAAAAUACCCCGGAACCUUUAGACGUUUUUGUCUCCCCUCCGCUGGCCUCUGUUACCAUGCCAUCUCCGUUCCCUUUUAGGAAACGAACUUCCGACCCCGUUUCUUCACACCUUUCCAUCGUGGCCACACCUUCAUUCCUCUCCAUUCUUCGAAUCCGCGUCAAGUUCGGGGGCGACAGGCAUCAUCAGUCAGACCCCAAGGCUUGUCCCGUCUUUGGACUAGCCACCUUCCAAUUAAGGUGUCUGCUCGCCGCUAUGGAUGUCUCAAAGCUGGAACACAUUGUACGAAGCUACGGUAUCGCCAUUGACAGACACACCCUUCAGGCAGCCCUCGAUGACCCAGAGCACGGAACUGCCUUUACCGAAUGGGCCCGCCUUCACCUUGGCCCCGAGAAUCUGCUUUACGUGCCUAUGGCUAAUCAAUAUGGGGUCGGUAGGUACACAGCCCUGGACAGAUCCGGUCAGAUCGACAAGUUGGUUGAGUCGCAGGAUUUAGCUGCUGUUCAAGCUGUAAGCGAACGCGAGAUACAGACUGCCAUUGAGGAGCUCAACCGGUCGACUGCUGCCAUUGUCAAGCAGACCGAGACCUUGAAGCAGCAGCAGGAUGCCCUGUCGAAGCUGGUCAAGACCCAUUCCAGGGUCGAGGAGGCUCGCUCCGAUCUCGUCUUCCAACGAAACCAGAAGCAUGAUGCUGAGAGCAGGAAGAUGAUGACCACGGUCGAGGAGCUGUCUCAGAGUCUAGAGUACAAGGCGUCGGACCUCGAACAGCAAACCAAGGUUUCUGGCAACGGCCUCCAGCAGACUUUAGAUAGCUUGCUUCACUCCGACGACAAGCUUCUUUCGAGUCUUCGCAAGCUGGGGCUUGAACUCGAGACUGAGGACCCCGAAGACCACGCCUGGCGUAGAUUGAUCAAAUACACCGUCGAAACGGUACGCACAAAGCUGGAUAGACUCUACCUCGAAGCACUUAGCUCCGCCCAUCAGAACGGCGUGACAUCACACCCUUCAGACGACGUCAAAACCUCCCAGGAGGAACUAGAGUCUCUCUACGCAGAGAUCCUUCCCGUAGCUCAGAUGUCGGUGGAGCAGCAACACCUCGAGCCGGCUCUGAAGUCGCUAUCGAGCAAGAACGGACAGUCUCUGCGCCGCUCCGCCGCUGCAGUCAUCUACAUCGACGAGUGCCUAGAUUACCUCCUCGACCACAUGGACCGUCUCUCCACCCGCAUAGAAGCCUACCAAUCCCACAAAACAGCAACAUCAAGCCUCCUCACUACGGCCCGCGCAGAACUCUCCGCUCCAGUCGCGACGCCAAAGAAGAAGACGCCGACGCAGGACCUCGUCUCCCCCGUCCGCCGCCGCAACAACACAAACCCCGGAAGAUCACCCACCCGCGACGCCGCCAGCAACCGUCGCCGCCGCUCCUCGGCUUUUGACGAACCACCCCUCGAAACCCUCCUUCGCUCCCUCGCCAUCGCCUUCCCCGAAGACGUCACCGACGGCGCGGGCCAAACGGCCGUGUUAGCCGCUACCUUGGCCGAGCGGCAGACGAAAGCCCGCGAUGUGGCAAGGAAUGCACAGGAGACGCUGGAGGGUACCGCCGCGACGCAGCUUGCGGAUUCGAAGCUCGCGAUCCAGUUGUUGCGGGAUAGUCUGCUGGCCGAGAGUCCGUUUGGGCAUGUGAGGCUUGUGGAUGAGGGGAUUGAGGCGUCUAUCGCCGUUUUGGGACAGGAGGUUGAGAAGGUGAAGGAGAGGGUUGAAAAGGUUGAUGCUGGCAAGGCGAGUGUCAUUGUCGGCUAUAUUGAGAUGGGUCAUCCAAAUGGUCUCUUACAUCAAUCUCUUCAGCCUCGUGAUGAUACUGUGUCGACCCAACAUGCCGGUAUGUCCUUGUCCCUGGAGCUGGGACCUGGUGCUGGAACCGAGUCAUGGCAGCUGAAGCAAUCGGCCAUCUCAAUAUGCCGCAGAAUACUCGGUACCGACUCCAUGUUCCCCUUCAGACCCUCUCAGUUUGACUCCACACCAAGACGCAAAUGCCAAGAUCGGGAGCUUGGGGACUAA